GCCAUGUCGGUCACCUUUUUUUAAAGGGGAGCCUUUUUUCUUUGAACAUUUUUAUUCUUCAUGGACUCCGCCUCGGGUUAAGUAUCUUGGUCAUGCGGAGAUUGCAUCUCCGACAUGUAAUGAGGUUGAGUCUCUGGGAUGAAGUUCAGAAACGCUAAAUCUUGAGAGCCACCCGAGAAGAAGUUCGGGGAUGGAGUCCAAUACUGGAAUCCGUCAAAAAAGAGGCAUUCUGUGUCCACGGUCCACCGCCAACGCUCUCCUUCCCCGUCUCCAACGCCACCGCCGUUUAAAUAAAGCUGAUACUCCCUCCUCCGUAAUAAUUACACAAUACCGGAGAAAGAUAAGGGGAAACACUAGUUUUCGGAUUGAGCUUCCAAUCGCUGAUUUGAGACGGGAAAGAUCAACGUCGAAGAUGUUGAUGGGAUUAAUAAGCUUUCAAUGCUUGAUGGACUUCAUUGUUGCCGGAUUCUCCCUCAUUAUUGGCCUGGGAAUCUUCUCCUUCCUCGCUUCGAUUCUCUGCUCCGCCGCUUUCUUCCAGAACGUGAAGGAGUUUUCCUGAUUCGCCUAAAUAUGGAUCUUAUCUAGGCUAGAGAAGUGUGGCGAAAACCAACCAAAAAUCGGUGAAAAUGAGAAACCUGAGCUGAGUAUAUAAUAAAGAGGAUGAGCACAUAUAUCUCCAUUUCCAUCUUGUAAAUACUGGAGAUAAUGGGAAGAUGAGUGUGCAUCAUCAUCAUCAUCAUCAUCAAGAACCAAACUCUAGGGUGAGUGGAGAUAUGAAUAUGUGUAACAUGUUGUUGUUUGUACUCAUAGGUUGUGGCUAUAUGUGUGUGUUAUGUAGGACAUCUCUCUUCUCUUGAAAGCAACACGGUUCUCUCUGUUAAAGGAUUACUUAGCUGUUGUAUUUCUUGAAUAAAACUUCCUGUCCUGA